CUCUCGCCCUCCGUAGCUGAGCAGAGGGUGAGGCUGUCGGCUGAUGAGAGGAGGAGGGAGUACUAUGACGAACAGAGGAAUGAGUUUGAGAACUAUGUGGAAGAGGAGCGCGAUGAGCAGGAUGAGAGGACACGGGAGAAGACAGAGCAAUGGCGUGAGUUCAACUAUGAUGGACUCUACCCCCGUUAUCCACGCGGUUGGUGAGCAUGCUCCAUAGGCCAAGGGGUUCAGAACGUAGUGCACCAGCCUGUGAUUGGUAGGACCCUGUGUCACUUAAGACACCUAGCCUAUCAGACGGACAUUACAAGACCAUGGGAAAUGGCCAAACCAUCACUCACCUAGGAGUAAAAAGGUUUACGUACAAAACUAUUACACUCAAUCAUUUAAAAUGGUAAUAUUAUGUAGAUAAAAUGCAGUUUUGUAGCGUUUAUAUUAAAGACUUUGGGUGGGGCAGGUCAAGUUCGAAAAAGGAGGCUGUUGUGAUUGUGUGUGUAUUUCUAUGCAUGCUUAUUUCAGUCUCUAUCUUUGUACAUGUAUCUGGGUGGUAAACUGUUGGGUGUGGUCUGUGUAUCUUCCACAUCUGUCUGUGUAUCAAACUGUAUUGUCCUUUCUGUAUUGUAACCAAACUGUAAUCACAUAUGAAACCUGUACUGUAAUUCAGAACCACAGAGACCAAU